CAUCCCCACUUUAUUGUGCAUCCCCUGCCCGUCGCUUCAUCUAUCCCUUCCAAACGAUUUUUUUCCUUUUAAUUUUAAAAAAGAAUUCGGAGCAAAGAGUUAAGAGUGUCCGGCGACAUGGCUGACUCUGACAAAUAUCCAAAACAUUAUCCGCUUGUGAUCAUAUUUAGUUGUCUGCUCUUGCCUUCAGGUCUGACCUACCCAGCUGAGGAGAUGCCCGUCGGGGACAUUGAACCUCUUGCCUACCAUAUGUCUGGCGCCGAUAAGUUUCAUCCAAUGGAAGUCACCCACUUUGAGGAGAACGAAAGACCCAAAAGCUGCUUCCAUUUCUUCGUAUCGCGCAACAUGUCUUCCUUACUUUCCGAUGCCACCAAGAUGUUGCAGCAAGUUCGAGACCGGCGCGAGAGAGAAUGGAUCCUAACUUUCAUUUAUCGCAUCAAGGCCCUGGCGGAACACCUGCGUACACACCCGGAGUCGCGCAACUAUGAGUGCCUGCCGGGAGAAGAUGACGUGAAUAGGAGAAAAGAUUCGAUUCUGAACGACCCUGUGAAAAAUCCGCAGCAAGAGUUAUACUUUGUCGACGAAAGCUGGCCUAGUUCUCUGCAGAAGCGAGCAGAUACCAGCGACCCCGGCCACCAAUCUGAUGAGAUAGAAUCACAAACAGCAGACAAUCAAAGUUCCCAUCCGCUUUCAACAGGUGCUUGGAGAGAAGAGUCUAUGUCCGAUGCUUCUGCGGAGAGGAAUGUACUUUCUGUCUCUGAGGUGCCAUCUUCUACUGCUAAUUCUGUCUCUAGCAAACCCGAAGCAGCAGGAAAACUCGUCGAUUCCAUCCCAACUUCUGAAUCUGCUGCUGCCAAUCAUCCAGAGCUUAUUCUAAAAGAAAAAGAUGAUGGCCACCAAGAAUCCGAAGACAAGACAGUAAAGCAACAAAACGGUGAUUCCUCUUUUCUUGGCAAACAACCUUAUGACAAUGGAAUCGUUUUAAGUUCACCGCCUGAUUGCAGUUCAAGUAUAGCGUGUGAGAAGGCUAUAAAUCGACAAGCGACUGCACGCAGUGCUACAGAGAAAAGACCGAGUCCCGCCCAAGAAGAUGAUGCAUUGGUUCAGCAACUGCAUUCUUAUGAUAAACAUCUUGAAGAUGAAAGGAUCCAACAAAAAAUUUUGAAAGAGAGAAUCAGGAAAGCUCUUUUGGAAGAACUAGCCCCUGAGAUUAAGAAGCUUCGCACUGUUGGCGGUACAGAAGAAGAUUUGAUCAAUCUAUGGAAGCAAAGUGCACCAGAAUCAGGACAAUCCACCGAAAGUUACCAUGAUAGCGAAUUCGAUUACGAAGAAAACGGAGCUGCUGCAGGUGAUUUGAGUUCCAGCGAUUCUUUCACGACUAAUGAUCAUACCGUGGCGCCAUCUCUUAGCGAAGUGCAAAAUUUCCAAAGGCAAUCAAAUGGCGGCACGAAGGCUUAUGAACCUUACGAUGACAGCGACGUUCUUGUCAAGCAGCUGUUCGAUGUGCGCUUUGAAGAGGCUCCUUCGAAAACUACAAAAUCACUUAGCGAUCAGAGAGAUGAUGCUUUAAUAACAAGCACCCAAGUUCCAUUCUGAAAAUGAAAAAUGCGUCCAUUUAACAAAUUCAGUAAGUUUCGUAUAAAACAGUGUGUAGCCGUGUCUUUGAGUGGUUAAUGAAAUAUGAAAUUCCGUGCAUGCGAUAUUAAUCUUACCGUUGAGAAACGUGAGUUGAGGGGAAUUUUUCAAACUUCCAUCUAUCGAUAAACUUAUUUGGAAGUUGUCAGUGGUUCUGUAGUAGAGGCUUAGGAAAAAUUCUAAGUACAUUUCUGUGUAUAAAA